UUCACUGUAGCCUAGAAAUAAAUAAUACAGAAAUCAUACAAAGCACUACAAUUGAGAGAGGUACAGAGAGAGGGAGGGAGAGAGAAGAAGAAGAAGAAGAAGAAGAAGAAGAGGAAAAAUAAAGAGUGAACAAGAUAGCGGUGGAUAGGAAUACAGGAAGAAAUAUAGAAAGAGGGAAGAGGGAGAUAUAAAGAGAAGGAGGGAGAGAGGGAGAAGGAAGGUAUGAAUUCGUAUUUCGCAAACCCGUCGCUCUCCUGCCAUUUAGCUGGCGGUCAGGAAGUUUUGCCAAACGUGCCCCUUAAUUCGACCACUUAUGACCCCGUCAGGCAUUUCUCAUCGUACGGGGCUGCCGUGGCUCAAAACCGGAUAUAUUCCUCUCCAUUCUACUCGCCCCAAGACAACGUUGUGUUUGGGUCUACCCGGGGACCAUACGAGUAUGGAUCCAACGUUUUCUUCCCAGAGAAAGACGUACUCCCCAGCUGUAGGCAAACUAGCGUUGGACUGAACGGGCAGAGCUCGCUGACUCAGGACUACAGCUCGGAUCAGAGCAGAACGGGACCGCAGGAACAGAAAGGCAACAUUCAGAUAUAUCCUUGGAUGCAGCGAAUGAACUCACACAGUGGAGUCGGGUACGGGUCAGACAGACGGAGAGGGCGCCAGAUUUAUUCCCGUUACCAAACUCUGGAACUGGAGAAGGAGUUCCACUUCAAUCGCUACUUGACCAGACGCAGACGAAUCGAAAUCGCCAAUGCCCUCUGUCUCACAGAACGCCAAAUCAAAAUCUGGUUCCAAAACCGUCGCAUGAAAUGGAAAAAAGAAAGCAACUUAACUUCCUCUUUAACUGGGACUGAGACGGCAGGGGCGUCUCAGGGCGCUGAAAAAGAAGGGAUUGAAGAGGAGACAGACGAGGAGAAAAAGAAGGACUGAAUAAUCCAGUCCUAUUUCAUUGCUUAACUGUAACUGAACUACCUAACCAUAUGGAAUGAUGGCACACAUUUCACUGCAUGAACACAGGACCCCCCCCCCCCCCCUUUCCACAAAUAAACAAAACAAAAAAAGACACACACACACACACACACACACACACACACACACAUUAUUUGUCUCUCACACUAACGCGUUUACAACACACAUGUACUCGCUGCGUUAUAUGCAAUUCAGAUACAAUGUGAAAAUCAUGUUAUUUUUAUCGCUUUUUUUACUUUCGGUUCACAGUGUGAACAAUUGCUGACUACUUUUGUUUCUCUUCUGUGUGCAAACUCAUGUGCGGUGAGGUAAAUAGGCCAAGAGCUUGUUCUGUGGCUCCGUUAAGAUUGUAAAUAAAUGGCACUUGUACCUGCCAAUAUGUCUGUCAGUUUACCUGGACUCAAUUGUGUGUAAAUACACACUCAUGGCCAUUCCAAGUGUGAAGGAAAAUUUAUUAGUGUGUAUUUUUUGUAUUUUGUUUCCCGAUAUUGUUGUAUAAAGGCUUGUAGCUAGUAGCAAAUUUUGAAAAAAGCUGUCACGGGAGGAUCCAUACUACCUGAAUUGUUUAUAUGUCUGUAUAUAUCACAUUUCCCGUGAGAGCUUUCGUGUGCACUCUCUCGCUUUAUGUGCUUGUGUAUACUAACAGCGCUUUGUCCAAAUAAAUAUGUUGUAACGUACAUGAAAAAGGAACGAAUGAUAUUGAAGAAAAUACACGUCACGUUUUCUGCACUGUAUGAAAAUCCACUCCUGUUCAAUAUUUAAUAAACAUAUUUUUAAAAGUUCA